CGAGAAACAAUGGGCGGAACUAUUGUGGACCGGGAAGCGUUUCAGCCCGAAAGUACCACAGUGUCCGUUACCCAAAUCAGUCCCGUCUAAAAAUGGCGGAGUAUAUACAUGUCGUUCGAAGGGCUUUGGGACAGUUAGGAGGUCACGGUGGUGUAAAAGGCUUAUUUGUUCAGUUAUUCAGGGCAAAUGAUGUGAAAACGGGAGCGCUGAUUGGCGUGGACAAGUAUGGAAACAAGUACUUUGAGGACACACGCUACUUUUUUGGUCGUCACCGCUGGGUUAUCUACACGACAGAGAUGAAUGGAAAGAACACCAUGUGGGAGGUGGAUGGCAGCAUGGUGCCCGCUGAAUGGCAUCGCUGGCUGCACUGUAUGACAGACAACCCCCCCACCACACACCCCCCUACACCCAAGAAGUUCCUGGCGGAGGUCCACCAGUUCAACGUGAGCGGUUCGGCCCAGGCGUACGUGCCCUACUCCACCACCCGCAAGAAGAUCCACGAGUGGGUGCCCCCAAAGGCUCAGUGACCCUGCUGUGACCCGACCUGACCUUCAACUACUGACCCGUUACCUUCUGUAAAUUACUGUGAUUUCCUUUCUGUGCAUUCACCAGCACAUCUUUGCUUCUAAAUAAAAUCAAAUCUAUAUGGA